CAUUUCCUCCCACUACUAUACACAUACCUUGUUUGCCUCUCUCUCUCUCUCUAGGCGGCUCUGUUUGAAAUUUACCGACAGUUUUGGAUUAAUUAGACGGCUGUUUUCUUCCCCUUGUAAGAUAACAGAUCAAAAUGACCAUGCACACAAUAUUCUUCAAAGAAAAUGAAGGGAUUUUCCAAGAUCCACAGGAGAUUCCUCUCUGGAGUGUGGUGGGAUCUCCGCCGCCGCCGAAGGUGCUGUCUCUGGCCGGAAAGAAUCUUCAGUUAGGUGUGGCUAAGGAAUCUGAUGAAGAUCGGCGAGUUCUUGCAAAGGAAGAUUCCACUCACUUCACUGUUUUUCCUGUCCAAGAUGCUUCGAUGGAACAUGAGGGACAGUUCAAGCUCGGAUUUGGCCAACCACUGGUUUGUGCUCAGUAUCCUUAUAAUGCAGAGCAAUCCUAUGGUAUAUAUCCAGCUCAAAUUGAGGGAAGUCGUAUGAUGCUUCCGUCGAGCGUUGCUAUUGAAGGAGGACCUAUUUUUGUGAAUGCUAAGCAAUACAAUGCAAUCAUGAGACGUCGGCGGUGUCGUGCAAAGGCAGAAUCAAAGAAUCAAGAGAUGAAAACUCGCAAGCCUUAUAUGCACCUGUCCCGCCAUCUCCACGCCGUACGCCGCCACAGGGGCGUCGGCGGCCGCUUCCUCAGCGCAAAAGGCUCCAACACCGACGAAAAAACCAGGGCCACUAAGCAGCAAGCAAACCACGUGCAUCCGCAGCCGACGACCGAGUCACAGAUGUCUGAAGUCCUAGAAUCCGACGGCGGCCAUCGUUCCACAAAAACAAGCAGUGGCUCCGAGGUUACUAGCUACCUCCAUCACUUCGAGUUCGAUCUUCUCCAGCCUUCUUUUCCGCCGUAUAUGGCUAGUAACUAUCUCAAAGUGUGAGGGUGUAGUGAGCGAAUCGACUCGGUCGAUGGCGUUGGGUUCCCUAGCGAUGGCGAUGGGGCUAAUGCUGUUGAGUGAUAUGAUUUGUUCACUUGGGCAACUCAUUCUUGGCUAAUCAUCAUCUCCUUUUGUUGAAAAGAAAAAAGUGUGUUAGAGGUUUGUAAUAACGUUUGGGGGAGUUGCAUUUCCAGAGCUUCUGAUGUUGCUUCUCCCUUUCUGAAUACUUUGUUUCUUGUGUUUGUUAUGUGUGUUUCAACUUUCCUUUCGCAUGUAAACAAUGGUUUGGAUCUUUCUAUUGUAAAAUGGUACUACUAUACUUUUGUUUUGUACUCA